ACCACAGAGGAGGAGGAGUAACAGCGACCCAGCUGGAGGGGAACCUGCAAAACCAGUGCAUUAUGUCAACAGUCAGUCAAAUUUAAUUAAUUAUUCACACCUGUUCUCGUGCGGCGAAGGAAAUCUGCGCAUACUGCAUCAAACUUCAGCUGCGCCUAAUUAUCGAGUAUGUCAAAAGCACGAGGGAGUCGCGAGGCUGUCUGCAACGUGCACGUUAGGCAACGAUUAGCAAGCUAGCAGCUGAGGUUGUUAGCUUUGAGAGUUGUAUGAGCUUUAAACCAAAGCCAGUGGGUUUGUAAAACGUAACGGUGAUUUUUAUUUAUUUGUUGUAUUUUUACCUUUUUGGUCAAAAGGGACCGAAGGAGAACCGCUGCCAUAGUGGAGGGUCAGGUUUCUGUUUCCCUGCUCCAAAGCCCUUCAACCGACCCACGUAGCACUGGAGUGCAAAGGCAACUUCAGCUAGCAGGAAUGUAGCAGGAUAAAUGUAACGGUGGGAAACAAUCCUGCGUGGAUAUGAGAUAUACAGAUGUACACGCUGGGAUUUUCACUUACUGUGACCAGUCCAUGUAGUUUGUUAAUCUGAGAAAACCUCGCGCAUCGGUAUUCGCUGUUUUCAUCCAAAAUGGGCGGGACAAACUCGAUUUAUAAGCCAAUCGCUGAGCUCAAUUAACAAACCGCCCUAAAUUAAAAACAACUGAUUGGCUGUGUCUACAAAUACUUGAUUUAUCCCCUUACAAAGCUUUUAUUAGAAACUUUUCGGUCAUGCGCUUCCUUUUGGGUAUCAAAUGCUGAUACUUGAUGCGGAGACAAAUUUCUGCCUCACAUUCAUUCAUGAACAAAACUCACCCUAACACGUGAAAGAAACUCUUUUAUAGUGAGAGGUAACAGUUACCAUGGUAACAUGCUUGCGGGCAACAUGGAGUUCCUUCAGUGGAGUUGUCAUGAUGUUGCAAACUGGAUUGAGACUUUAGGAUUUCCUCAGUAUAAGGUAGGUAAACACUCAUCUCACUAAACAGAGAUUGUAACGGGAUGUGUACGGUGGCCGAGAAUUGCGCAAAAAGCUGCAAAUAAAAAAGAUUGCAAAAAAAAAAAAAAAAAAAAAAUGGCCGACCGGCUGAUUGUUUACAUGUGGGAGAACGGAGUGCUUUUUGAUAAAAGACACAAAUAUUACAAAGAUAACGACCUGAAGGACAACUUGUAGAGAGUCAAAGCGUCGGAUUUCUCACAUGACAAUGGUUUGUGUGCUUUAACAAUUUGCUAAACGCCUUUGUUUUAACUUUCAUCUGUGCUAAGUAACUUUAGCUCGUAAGAUAACCUGUUGAGAUACAACAUACCAUAUGUAUUUUUAACUCCGCUAAGGAGGUUAUGUUUUCGGUAGCGUUGGUUUGUUUGUUUGUUUGUCUGUUUAUUUAUUUGUUUGUCUGUGAACAACUUUACGGAGAAAGUUAGAGACGGAUUGACCUGAAAUUUUCACCACAGGUGCGUUUUAGCCUUAGGAGGAUCCCAUUACAUUUUGGUGGUGAUCCAGAUUGCCCUCUGGAUCCAGGAAUUUUUUGAAGGAUUCUUUAUCAUCGUGAGAUAGGGCAAAUUUGGGAAUUUUUCCAUUUAACUCAAUAAAAAUGGCCCGAGUCUUUAGUAAAAAAUUACACAAAAGGAUCUCAAUGAGUUUUAUGAGGUGUCAAAGGUUGAUCCUGAUCCAGACAAAAUUCUGGAUACUGUGAUCCAGAACACACAAAAAUAAGGGUGUCGUUGGAAUUUUCAAUGCUGAAAGAUAACCAAUGGGCGGCACAGUGGUGUAGAUGGGCGGCACAGUGGUGUAGUGGUUAGCACUAUCGCCUCACAGCAAGAAGGUCCUGGGUUCAAAUCUGGGUCAGGGCAUUUCUUGUUUUAGGAACAUUAUGAACAGUGAACAUACCAGUUUAAACACAAAUUAAAGUUAAUAAAAGACAUGUAACAGUAAAACUUUUGGUGUUAAUCACAAUAUAAGGGGGGACAUGAGCUGCUUGGCAAAGGUCUGCGCUCUCCGGGUGCUUUUCUAGUUUAAUUUGCAUCCUUUUAUUUCCGCAGUGAGUAAUUUUUUUUUUUUUUGCAUUGCCCCUUUAUCUGCGUUGUUAAAUUCCGUUGUGGCUUUUUUAAAAAAAAAAUCUGCACCGUUUCUUUUGUUAUUUGCAGUGGGCUUCGGUUUCUUUUUUUUUUUUUUUUGUUGCAUUAGUAACUUCCGCUGUGACUUCUUCUUUUUGCAUUCUUUUUUUAUUUGCAACAGUGGCAGUUCUCGGCUACCGUAGAUGUGCCCGCCAGCUUGCAUUACAAUUAUUUCACUUUCAGGAGCUGUGACCUCGUUAUUCAUUUCUGUCGCAGGUGUGUUUCACGGACAACCUCAUCACCGGGAGGAAGCUCAUUUAUGUAAACUGCAUCUACCUGCCAAGACUUGGAAUAACAGAUUUUAAAGACAUGCAGGUAUGAGGAAGAGACAGAAGCUGGAGUUUUUUGAUUCUCACCUUCAAAAAGAGAUUGAUGUCGCUAUGGGGACUUGUUUACAUAUCAAAGAUGGAGUCUCACACAAUGUUCAAAGAAGUUUCAACAGGCUGAGUAGCACCACGAUAAUGAUGCUAUUGUUGAAACCACUGUACUCUGUAUAACCUGCUCUCACCAUCUGGUGCUCAAACAACUUUCUUUUUUUAAAGGAAGUUUGUCUUCUAUUUAGAGGUGAUCCUUAUUUAAGUGGCCUAAUUUUACAACAUACACUAAAGCUUUGUUUGGAAAGAAUUAAGCUUGUUAUCAAAUAGUGAAGCAUUGUAUUAAUUAACAACAACACAAACACACAUAAACAAAAACAAAUUAAGAAUAACCAGACAUGCAGAAGUACCUAAAUUUGUCUCCCUUGUGAGCUCUAAGUGGGCUGCAAGUCCCAAAAAAAAUGUUGUCUAGUCUUUGCCAACUCGGUUGCACAUCCUGCUUGGCACCUCAACACUCUUUUCUUUGAGGAGUGUGACAUCCAAUUAAAGUUGUGCAUUGUAACCGAGCAUCACUGCCAGCAGACACCUCAGAUCAGAUGUAACACAUACGCUGUUUACAGUGAAAGCGAGUGUUUUUCUUAUCUCUCCCUGAGGUCACAGCUAAAUUGGCUGGAAGCGCUUGUAUGUAUUCAGUGCUGCUCCAGUGUAGCAGCAUCAAACCAAAUAUCUCCAGACAGGCAGACUCAGUUAAGAAUCUCUAUUAAGUGGAAAUUUUAUAUUUGUUUAGCCUCUGAGCACUUUGAUCCAUUUGUUCUUAAGGGUGUCGUCUUUUCCUCCUAUGUUUCCACAGUCUUGGUGAGCGCUCCUUCAAAGAGGAGACAGUCGCUCUCUUAUCAAAUGAAGGUUACAUGUCACAAACAUGCACUUUAUCAAAGGAUUCAACCCCGCUGUGCACCCCGCAGGUCAUCUCUGCUCGUGUGCGCGAGCUGCUGGGGAUCACAGAGACCCCGUGGAGUCGCAGCAUCGCUGACCCCCCGAGAGACGGCAUUGGCCUGUUCCUGGAGAAAAAGAGCCGGACGGGUGAACGGGCAGACAGUCUCAUCUACAACCAGCAGUUUCCAGGUUGACAGGUGUCUGAAUGAAUGUAACUCACAUGAGUAAAGGCGGCCCAAAAUCAUAAUAAGUGAGUUUUAUUUCACAUCAUAAAUUGCCAGCUCAUACUAAGACACCCACUGUGUUUAGCUCUCACUGCGAUAAUAAUCAUCAUACUAGUGCUGUCAUAAUCAUAAUUCUUACUUCUACUUUCAGUCAUCCUUUUUACCACUAUUAUAUGAAUUAGCAUAACAACAAUAAGAUGGCUUUCUACUGAUGAGUCUGGUUCUGUCCAUGGUUUCUACCUCUUACAAAAUAGACAUUCCCCUUACUUCAUUCAUCUUUCAGUCUGGCAUCCCUGAGAACAUGAAAAUCUUCUGCAUUGUUUCUGCAGCCUAUUUAUUUAUAACAGCUUCUGUGAGGUAAAUUUACUCUUUUAGUGACACAACAACAGGAGUAAUUUGCACUGGCAUGCAUGCAACAGCACUCCUUCUCCUCCAGCAAUUACUCUUCCUCCCACACUAUUGUGGUUUUGCUUCGGUGUUAUAGAGUCAAGAUGUCGAGGUUAGAGCCAGACACAACAACUGCUCCGUUGUUGGUACAUGUCUAUAAUGUGUCACCUCACCAGACUGCAUUAAAGGGAUAUUCCGGCUUAAAAUUGAUUUAGGGUCAAACACACCGUAACACCGAGUUAGACACCCCCUGGAGAGAUGAAUGCUGCUGACUGCUGGCUUCUCUAGUUAUACCAACUUUAGUAACGACCACAGGAUAGCAAUACACAGCGGUCUGAGGAGCCAUAAACAAACUUCAACCAAAACGCCACUCUAUAACCACAAAUAAUGCUCAGAACAGCACCUAACUUCAUCAACAGUACAUAUAGGGUCCUAACCACGGCACUAGCCACCAAACAUCUUUUUCACUUUGCCUAAUUUCUUUAGCAAAGAGACUAAACACAACUCACCUACGAUGUCUUUGACGUAAAAUUUAUUUUACGCCGGAAUAUCUCUUUAACAACAAGGCAUACUCCUUGUAAUGAAAACAAGAGGAUAAGAUUAAUGCACAGAUUUUAACAUACCACUCAGAGACAUACUGUUGUAAGUGGAGCUGCAAACCUCUUACUGCUACCUCCUGUUUAGGGUUGUAUUCUGGGUCAUAUGUAAAGUGCGCUGGCGCAGGUUCUCCUGGAGUGCUCACCAUGUUUGUCUUGAGGUUUGUCCAACUCUGUAUCCAUUUGCACUUGUCUGUAACCUCCUCUCAGACAACACUCCUGCAGGCAGUAGCUCACUGUAGCAUCCCAGUCUACUCAGACUAGUGCAGGAAUAAUGAGAUUAGAAACUGAGAGGCUGCAGAUCCUUCACAGAGGCUGAAUUUGAAUUUGCAUUUUUUUUUUCCUUUUUUUUUUCCUUUUUCUUUUUUUGCCAAUAACUUCAAAGCCUUUCUUAAAAGACAACAAGGAAAUGUUGUUAACAGCUGAAAUUUUCCAUUUUAUGAAACCUUUAAAAUAAGUUUUUCUUGCCGGUGUUGCCAAGUGCUCAUUCAUUGUUGAAUUCAUUUUGGCCUGUGUGGAUUUAAUUUGACAGUUGUUUAUUGGCUCUACUAGAACUAUGAGUCUGAAUUUGAUGUUAAAACUUCUUGUUGCUGUCGACACGGGGAACAUAUCAGGGGAUCUUUUGUAGCCCCUGGGCUCGACAGACCCCCUCAGGCUCCUACAGAUUGGAGGUCAGAAUCAUGUGUUGAGAAAAUGAUUGCUGUGUAGCAUCACUAACAGAGUAUAGACUAGACCUGCUUUGUCUGUAACGUGCCGUGAGAUAACUUUUUGCUAUGAGUGUAAAAACUGACUGAUUAAUUCAAAGUGGUUCAGGUUCUUGUCUGAAAGAGUCUAUUUGUAAACCCAAGCAAUAAAGGGCUUCACAAAGGCA